AGCGAGCCGCUCAGUUUUAUACCUGCGAAAUGAGCCGUGCCUCGGACGUCCAUAAAAAGAGCGCACUCCCGCUCCUCAGUAUCAGUAUUUGCUCUGACACAGCUCUUGACAGAACAACAACCAUGGCUAACACAGAAAAAGAUCCUGGACAUUUUGUGAGUGAGUGUCCGAAACCACGAAAACUGAUCGAUCCAGAAUAUUUGAAAACGGUGACCUGCUUCAGUUGUUACGAAAAAGGGCAUUAUUCUCCUGAUUGCCCUAAUCGUAACAAGAAAGACGACACUUCACCACCUAGCUUAUUUGAUGAAAACACAGUCAAGUAUUUAGGACCCACAGAAAAACAACAACAACAGUAUUUUGGUUAUGGCAGCACGAUGAACAUGGCACCACCACCACCGCCGCCAUCAACACCAGUAGCACAGUAUUCAUCGGAUGACACCGAGCCAGCUCAGAAGCCAGCCACAGAAUCCGAAUUAGAAUAUGAGGAAUUCGCUCGUAAACAUGGACAUGGUGCCUUUAUAUAUUUUGAUAAAAUACAUAAAAGUCCAAAAUCACCACUUCCGAAAGGACCACAAGUGCAAAAUGUAAUUUUUCCCGGUUUGAUGGAACGCAAAAAGACCAGCGAUAACCAAAGCGGUAUCACACUUGGGACCUUACAGCCCCAGCCAUCAACACCGGUAGCACAGUCGGAUAACAAAAACACAGAACCAGCUCAGAAGCCAGCCACAAAGCCAGAUUUUGUCUAUGACGAAUUUGCUCGUAGACGACAUGACGAAUUAGCUCGUGAACAUCGAUACUUAUGGCUUCACAGUUCUUCUAGGCCAGUCCACCCCACGCCUGGCGAAGAACUCCUUGAGGGCCGUCUCCCUAUGCCUCUUCUCAAUCUCCCUGUAGACCCACUCAGGAGUCGAAUCUCUCUUGAAGAAGAAUUUCUUCAUGGCACGGAGAAGCUUUCUCAAACCCAUGCCAUGGUUCUAGAGAAAUGA